CUUAUUACACUGUCGCAUUGCUUUGUACACAACCACUUGCCAACUACACUCCAGCCAUACCCAAACCAUCUCAUCAUAUCUCAGCCCUGUCUUCAUCAUGACGACCCUCGAACAAACCGCCUUCAUCAUCGGAACCCUGACCUCCGUCGGCGGCAGCAUCGGCUACUUCCGCACCGGCUCCGUGCCCUCCAUUGCUGCCGGUUUGACCGUCGGCGCACUGUACGGUCUGGGUGGUCUGCGCAUUCAGAACCGCCAGCCUUACGGUGUCGAACUUGCGCUGCUUGCUAGCUUGGUGCUUGCCGGUAGCUCGAUUCCGAGAGCGAUCAGGAGUGGGAAGCCGCUUCCUGUUGGAUUGAGUGUGUUGGCGACGUAUGGACUGUAUCAGUUUGGGACGGCGUGGAAUGGCAGGAUCCGGUAGAUGACGUAUAUUUGGGGAAUCGGAGAGUGCUUUCAUUUCAGAGGCGGUCUGAGGUGGAGUUGACACUACGAGGAUAUGACGUAUCAAGAGGCGAGCUAUAGGAUGAAGAGAAGACAUAAUAUCAAUAUACAGCAGAGGUGUGGAUCAUUAUCGAUCAGCGCAAUUGAACCUACACCUCCCAUGCCAUACCCACCACCAUUGCAGCACACCAUACACGGGAAGCACUGAAACACUUUGGUUCGUUCUUCUUUCGCAGAUGCUCAGAUUAACAAGAUGAUCGAUUGCUAGUUUACAACGUCCAGCCCAGGCUAGUGAUCAGGUAUUUAUACAUCCG